UCACGGACAAACAUCUUGUAAUGGUUGGUUGGCUAAGUGCUGUGCAGCUGGAAAAGAGUCGUUCCGAUCUAGGACGAAACGAAAAAAGGGCCAUGAGCGGAGCAGAGGUGGAGGUGGUGUUCUUGGCCACGCCGGCGAUCGGGAACCUCGUCCCCGCCGUCGAGUUCGCCCAGCGCCUGGCCAAUCACGACCCUCGGUUCUGCUCCACCGUCCUCGUCAUCACCGAUCCCCACCGGCCCCUCGUCAGCUCCUACAUCCACUCGCGAGCUGCCGCCUCCUCCUCCUCCUCCUCCCGCGCUGGCAACCUACGCUUCGUCCACCUCCCUCAGGCGGACCCGCCUCGUCCGAGCGAGUACCAGUCCGCCUUCGCCUACGCCUCUCUGCACAUCGCCAACCACGCGCCUCUCGUCAAGCAGGCCUUGGUGAACCUCAGGUCAACGGGUACCCGAGUCGCCGCUCUGUUCUUGGAUAUGUUCACUGUGCCCGUCGCCGACGUAGCUUGCGAGCUGGGCAUCCCUCACUAUCUCUUCUUUGCAUCCCCGGCGAGCUUUCUCGGGUUCAUGCUCUAUCUGUUAGACCCUGGAGCUAGGAAGGCGAUCGAGUCUGAGGACAUGAGCACUGAGUUGCCCAUUCCAAGUUUCGUCAACUCAGUCCCUAAGCGAGUCUUGCCCUCUUUAGUUCUCAGGUGGAAGGAUGCGUUCACCUGGUUUUUAGCCCAUGCGGGGAGGUACGGCGGGACCAAGGGGAUUGUGAUAAAUACUUUUGCCGAGCUUGAAGGGCAUGCGCUCCAGUCGCUCAGGGCGGGCGCAUUGCCGCCAGUUUAUUCGGUCGGACCGGUAAUAGACCUCGAUGGACCAGUCAAGUGGCACCCGCAAAGGGCCAAGCAAGAAGCCAUCGUGCGGUGGCUCGAUAAGCAGCCACCUUCAUCAGUGGUGUUCCUGUGCUUCGGGAGCAUGGGGAGCCUGGGCGCACCUCAGGCGAGAGAGAUAGCGAGUGGGCUGGAGCGGUCUGGGUUCCGGUUCUUAUGGUCGUUACGCGAGCCACCUAGGAGUAAAUUGGACAUUCCAGGUGACUACGAGAGUAUGGAUCAAGCCUUACCGGAAGCGUUCCUGGACCGGACGGCCGAGACCGGCUUGGUUUGCGGGUGGGUUCCACAAGUAACCGUCCUGGCCCAUAAGGCUAUUGGGGGGUUCGUAUCGCACUGUGGCUGGAACUCCAUAUUAGAGAGCCUGUGGUCCGGCGUGCCGAUGGCCACGUGGCCCAUCUAUGCGGAGCAGCAGAUGAACGCGUUCCAGAUGGUGGCGGAGCUGGGACUGGCGGUGGAGAUUAGGCUGGAUUACAGGGAGGGGAGCACGUUGGUGUCGGCCGAGGAGUUGGAGAGAGGGCUGAGGUGUUUGAUGGGCAGCGACGGCAGCAGCAGUAAGGUGAGGAGCAGGGUGAAGGAGAUGAGGGAUAAGAGCCGGACGGCUGCAACGGAAUAUGGGUCGUCACACGCUUCAAUGAGGCGUUUGGUUCAGCAACUGGUGGUUGAAUUGGAAUUUGCAUGAUCAAGAAACGAAGCUACCCCACAUCA